UUGGAAAUAGAAAAACCUUAUCUCAAAAACAAGAAUAACAAUUGUAAGAAAGUGAGCUUAUCCACAUGGUGCUUCUACCCAGUUCAGCUGAGAAACAUUGGUAGAGCUAGCUUUGAGCAACCAUGGCAGCCUUUAGCUGCCAAUUUCAUCUCACAAUCCAUAAGACUUGUCAAAAUGUCAAAACCAGGCCUUUUUCUAUUUCUUGUUCAAUGCAGCCCUCCCAAAACAACAUUAAGGUAGUUAUAAAUGGAGCAGCCAAGGAAAUAGGAAGGGCAGCAGUGGUUGCAGUGACCAAAGCUAGAGGAAUGGAAGUAGCUGGUGCAGUGGAUUCUCACCUUGUGGGAGAAGAUAUUGGACAGGUGUGUGACAUGGAAGAAGCUUUAGAAAUACCCAUAAUCAAUGACCUCACAAUGGUCUUAGGUUCAAUAUCUCAGUCAAAAGCAACUGCUGUUGUAGUGGAUUUUACUGACCCUUCCAAAGUCUAUGAUAAUGUGAAACAGGCAACUGCAUUUGGCAUGAGAAGUGUUGUUUAUGUCCCGCGCAUUAAACUAGACACUGUCGCAGCAUUAUCUGCAUUCUGUGAGAAGGCCAGCAUGGGUUGUCUGGUGGCACCAACCCUGUCUAUAGGAUCUAUACUACUUCAGCAAGCUGCAAUUUCAGCUUCCUUCCACUACAACAAUGUAGAAAUUGUUGAAUCAAGGGAAAAUGCAAAGGAUCUUCCAUCACAGGAUGCAAUUCAAAUUGCCAACAACCUUUCUAACCUUGGCCAGAUCUACAACAGAGAAGACAUUUCAACAGAUGUUGCGGCAAGGGGUCAAGUUCUAGGAGAAGACGGAGUUCGUGUACAUAGCUUGGUUCUUCCAGGGCUCCCAGCAAGUACAACAGUCCACUUCUCUGGACCAGGAGAGGUUUACACCAUCAAACACGACAUAACAGAUGUGAAGUGUCUCAUGCCAGGCCUACUCGUGGCCAUCAGAAAAGUUGUGCGCCUUAAGAAUCUGGUGUAUGGAUUGGAAAAGUUUCUGUGAGAAUUCAGGAGCCCUUCGACUUUUUGUCAUAGAAUUAUAAGAUAGAGAAACGGAGAAUUCAAACACGAACCAACAUUCUCAUACUUGACAAUUCAAGCUUCUACCGUCGCACAAAGUACUAAUGGCGCCUCAUUUGGCGUAGAAAACACUGCAUCAGAACUCCAAAUUAAUUGUACUUAAUUAAAACAAAUAUGUUCAUGAUUUUGAGACUAAUAUUCUGCAACCAGAAAUGGGGAUGAUCAUACAAGCCUUUUCCUA